AUGGCAAANUCCGUCAAUGAGAAGGUCUGGGUGAACGGGUCACGGGCGGGCAUCAUUCGAUUCAUUGGCGACACCAAAUUUUCGCCAGGCAAGUGGAUUGGCGUCCAGUUGACCUCGCCGGAUGGCAAGAAUGACGGCACCGUCGCCGGCGUCCGCUACUUUGCCUGCCCAAAUAACUGCGGCGUCUUUGUGAAGCCGCAGCGGCUGACGAAGGCGCCCAUGCCGGAGUCGGUUUUCCAGAAACGUCUGGCGUCGCCUUCUGCUGCACGCGCCGACAAGGAUUUGCCUGGCACUUUGGCUAAUCUGGGCACCGAUUCUGAUUCCGCCUCUGAUAUUGCCAGUCAUGUGUCCACCAGUGGGCUGCUAAAGAACAGUCCUUUUCUGAGUGGCAGCAAUGGGCCGUCCAGCCUGUGCUCGGUUAGCGGCACCGGCGGCGGUCGAAUUGGAAGCUUCAAGAUUGGCGACCGAGUGCUGGUGAACGCCUCCUCGGGCACCAAGCUGGGCACGCUCAUGUUUCUAGGCGAAACCGACUUUGCCGCCGGCCACUGGGCGGGCAUCGAGCUGGACGACCCGGUGGGCAAGAACGACGGCUCCGUCGCGGGGAAGCGCUAUUUUGACUGCAAGUCCAAGUACGGGCUCUUUGCGCCGCUGCACAAAAUCUCCGCCGCGCCGCUGUCGGCGUUGAGCAAGCCGAAACGACCUGGUGGCUCUAGCGUUAUUGGUGGUGGUUUAUCUUCUCGGGCCUCUUCAAGAACGUCCAUCAGCAGGGGGCUGACCGGAGGAAGUAGUCGAAUGAGCCGCGCCGACAGCAAGGAGUCCGUCAGCUCAGUGGCCAGCUCGGUGGUCUCCUCUGCCACCAAUCGCUCCUCUCGCGUCCGUUUGGGCAUCACUUCGCUCAAGUCGCCGGUAGGCGGAACAGUCGGCAGUUCUGGGCACUCCAGCCUAGGAGGAAUUUCAGGAGUUUCCUCCUCGCACAGUCCGGCCACUAAGAAGACAAUGGAAGGGACGAAUGCGGCCAUCCUCGACGCGCUGAAGGAAAAGGACGAGACGAUGACGGCGAUGCGACGGGAGCAGGAUCUGGAGCGGGCAGAGUUCAGUCGGGUGGCAAUGCACGCCGAUGAGCUGGAGGAACGGGUAGCGGCGCUGUCGGCGGAAAAUGCCCGUAUCGCCGCCGAGGCUGAUGAGGAGAUGGCCGAGUUGAAGCGGCUGAACAACGAGUACGAGGAGGUGCAGCUGAAGCUGAGCAAUCAGCUGGAGGAAGAGAGGAAGAAG